AAAUAAAUCGAAUUUAUUUUCAAAAAAUAUAUUUCAAGGAGCUUUAUUUGAAAUCCUCAGAGUAUUAAAACCAGAAGGUUGGUUAGAGAUUGUACAUUCACUUCGUUCAGAUAAAUUUACUGGGCCAGCUUCUGAACGAUUGAAUACUGCACUCAUUUCGUGGAACAAGGACUGUGGAAUUGAUCUUGAUCUAAUAACACACUUAGAAGAUUACCUUAAAAUGACAGAGAAAUUCGAAUUUAUAUCAUCUCAAAUAAUAAAAAUUCCUAUUGGAGGUGAUGGUUUUGGAGAGUUUUCUUCUGAAAUUGCUUUAUACUAUCUGAAACUUAUGAAAGUAAUUCUUGCACCUUAUAUGGGAAUUUCGGUUGAAGAAUAUGACCAAUUGCUAAGAGAGCUUGGAAAAGAGAUGAAAGACAAACGUGGUGAAGUAUAUUCUACACAAAAAAGAGUAUUUGCAAGAAAGAAAGAUAUAAGCAUUCUUAAGGAAGUUUAUGUGCCACAAUAA